CAUUUGGGUGAACCAAAAGAAGAGUUCCUCGAUAAACUAUAUCCACACAUUUCUCUAACAAACGUCACCUUCCACUCCACACCACACCUCACCUCACACACACUCCCAAAAUAUCCUCUUCUUUCAUUAUUAUUAUUAUUAUUAUUCUAAUUUCCCCCAAAUUCACCAAAAAAAAAACACCAUUACCAAAUUAAUUUUUUCCCAAAAAUUAAAAAAAAAAAAAAAAUCCCCAAACAUUUUCAUUUCCUCCAUACAUAAUACAAAAACAAACACAUCCCCCCGUUCUUGCCCUAGUUUUAUCCAUCUCCAAAAUGGCACUCGAUAACUGUAUACAAUUGAGCACCGCCGCCACCAUGUGCGCCGCUGCUUCCAUACCCAAAUCUCACUAUUUCUCUUCAACAGCCAAUUUCCCUCAAAAAUUAUCCUUCUCCACGCUCUCCCUUCAACGCCUUAACAAAUUCCCCACUCCCACUUUCAGAAAACCCUUCUCCGUCACGUGCCAAGCUCGUGGAGCCGUCGACGACGUGAAAGAAGUAACAGAAUCGAGUUGGAAUAAUUUGGUGGUGGAGAAUCAAAAAGCUGUUUUGGUUGAAUUUUGGGCUCCAUGGUGUGGACCUUGUAAGAUAAUUGAGCCAGUGAUUAAGGAAUUGGCAGCAGAAUAUGCUGGGAAGAUUGAGUGUUUGAAGCUUAAUACGGAUGUUAGUCCAAAUGUGGCUUCCAAAUAUGGGAUUAGAAGUAUUCCUACGGUUCUGUUUUUUAAGAAUGGAGAGAAGAGAGAAAGUGUUAUUGGGGCUGUGCCUAAAUCUACUUUGGCUGCCUCCAUUGAUAAGUAUAUUGAGGUUUGAUUUUCAAGAAUCCCUUAUUAUCCAUUUCCACCACAUACUCUUUCUUCCAAUCUUCUUCUUCUUCUUCUUUCUCUUGUAUUUGUAUAUCAUCUUGUGUUAAAAUGGGAAAACUUUUGUCCAUCUCUUCUUUAAUUAUAUCUGUUGUAACGAUGAUUUUCUUUCUCUA